CCCUUGUAUGUCCGCUUAAACCCUAUCUCAAAACCAAAACCAACAAGAAACCCUUUAUAAACCCUCAUAUCUUCGUCUCCAUUUUUUCCCUUCGCUAUGCUUCUUUCCCAGCUCCGCUGCAUAAACUCGUCUCUUCCGGUAACCCGUUUCCCUCUCCUCAAAUCAUGCCCACCCAUCAGUAACAACUCCGGUCGACCCGUUUCCAUUUUCUCUCGGUUCUUUCAUUUCAGACUCAAACAUAUCCGGUUCGCCUCUCAUUUCGACUCCCAACAAACCGCCCGCCGAUUCUCAACUCGGCCGCUUCGGCCUAGUCGGGCAAGCUCGGAGAAUAGGCCGUCAAAGAGUUUAAUUGAAGACGAGGAGGAACUGAGUAACUGGGUUAGCGAGUUGAAUAAGAGUUCGUUUCUUAGUAAAGUUAGUAGCAGUGAAGACGAGUCGGAAUCUAGUAGAGGUGAUAUGAAGAGAAGAAGGGAAAAUACAUCUGAUGAGUUUGGUAGUAAUGGUAAUGAUAGGGUUAGGAAAGUUAGGGGUAGUAAAGGUGAUUCGUUUCCGAAGAAUUCGAGGAAUGGUAGUGGUUUUGAUAGGGAGGAGAAGUUUAAUUCGCGGCGGAAGGAGGACGGGAAUGGUAAUUUUAGGAGUGGAAUUAGAAGAAGAGAUGCGAAGAAUGAACCAUUGAGGGAGAAAAGGGUGUUUCUUCACAAGGAUGAGGAUGAUAGGAAGGAGUUAAUUAGGGGUUUGGUGGAUGACGACGAGCAGACUGAUGAUUCGGAUGGUGAGGUUACUUUAAAUGCAUCUUCUGCAGUAGGGUUAACGAAAGAUAGGCCCACUUCGACUGGGAAUUCGGAAACUUAUUUAAGCGAAUCUAGAUUUGAUCAGUGCUCGGUUUCUCCUUUGUCAUUGAAAGGAAUUAAGGAUGCAGGAUAUGAGAAAUUGACUGUUGUUCAGGAGGCCACUCUUCCCCUUAUACUAAAAGGUAAGGAUGUUCUUGCUAAGGCUAGAACAGGCACUGGAAAAACUGUAGCAUUUUUGCUUCCAUCAAUCGAAAUUAUUGUAAAAUCUCCUCCUCCUGGUCGCGACCAAAAGCGACCUCCAAUUUUGGUGCUUGUUAUUUGCCCAACUCGGGAACUUGCAAGUCAGGCUGCAACAGAAGCAAAGACUCUACUGAAGUAUCAUCCUUCUAUCGGUGCUCAAGUUGUGAUUGGAGGUACCAGACUUGCUCUUGAACAGAAACAAAUGCAAGCUAACCCAUGCCAGAUUCUUGUUGCUACACCUGGACGGCUCAAAGACCAUAUUGAGAAUACUGCUGGAUUUGCAACAAGGCUGAUGGGUGUCAAGGUCCUUGUACUUGAUGAAGCUGAUCAUUUGCUAGACAUGGGAUUUCGUAAAGACAUCGAGAGAAUAAUUAGUGCUGUUCCCAAGCAACGACAGACUCUUCUUUUUUCUGCAACAGUUCCUGAAGAGGUUCGUCAAAUUUGUCACAUUGCUUUGCGAAGAGAUCAUGAAUUCAUCAAUACAGUUGAAGAGGGAUCAGAUGAGACACAUGCAAAGGUGAGACAGACGCAUAUGAUUGCUCCAUUAGACAGGCAUUUUUCUCUAUUAUAUGUUCUUCUUAAGGAUCAUAUUGCAGAUAACCCUGACUAUAAGGUUCUUGUAUUUUGCACAACUGCUAUGGUCACAAGAAUGAUGGCUAACCUAUUUGCUGAACUGAAAAUGAAUGUUAGAGAGAUCCAUUCAAGAAAGCCACAGAGUUAUAGGACUAGGGUUUCUGAUGAGUUCCGAAAGUCGAAGGGCCUUAUACUUGUGACUUCUGAUGUAUCGGCACGAGGAGUUGACUAUCCUGAUGUAACACUUGUCAUACAGAUUGGUUUGCCGGCUGAUAGACAGCAAUACAUACAUCGACUUGGUAGAACUGGCCGUAAAGGUAAAGAAGGGCUAGGCAUAUUAAUUCUAGCACCUUGGGAGGAACUCUUCUUAUCUUCAAUAAAGGACUUGCCAAUAACAAAAGCUUCAGAGACUUUGGUGGAACCAGACACAAAGAAACAGGUGGAGCGUGCCCUGUCCCGUGUUGAGAUGAAGAAUAAAGAGGCAGCAUAUCAAGCCUGGCUCGGUUAUUACAAUUCCAGUAAGGUUGGUAAGGACAAAUACAGGCUUGUGGAACUGGCUAACGAGUUCAGCCGAAGCAUGGGACUCGAUAACCCUCCUGCCAUUCCUAAGAUGGUUCUUGGCAAGAUGGGGCUCAAGAAUAUCCCAGGCUUGCGCUCUAAGUAAACUAAUUUCCGUCAUUCCCAAGAAAAGAAAAACAGUUUUGGAGCCUAAACAGUAAGAACCUAUUUUCAGAUCACACAAAAGAUGCAGUCGGGUCUUUGUACGGAAACAUUACAUGCUGAUUUGGAUAAUUAUUGAUUUUGUAAUUAUGGCAAUGAAUAUCAAUUUUGUCAUUUGCAAUUCUUUUAUAAUUUGAUUUAAUAUGUUUGAA